CUAUUCUUCUGUCUCUUCUUUCUCCCCCAAUCUCACACAGCCCUAAUUUACACCGACGACGACGCCGACCAAUAUCCGAGCGUUCAGAACUCAGCUAACAUGGCGUCGUCGGAGAAAGAGAAACGAUGCCUUUACGAAGUGCUGGGAUUGAGUCGAGACUGUUCUGUCGACGAAAUUCGUUCGGCGUACAAAAAACUAGCUCUACAGCGCCACCCAGACAAGCUGGUGAAAUCCGGCGUAUCGGAAGCCGAAGCCACCGCGCAAUUCCAAGAGCUCGUGAAUGCCUACGAAGUCCUUUCCGAUCCCAAGGAGCGCUCGUGGUAUGACUCCCACCGUUCCCAAAUUCUGUUUUCCAGUGCUGGGAGUUCGUUCUCGAAUUCUUCUUCCUCCGUUUGUGUGCCGGACUUGUUUUCCUACUUCAACAAUUCGGUUUAUUCUGGUUAUUCGGACUCCGGGAAGGGGUUUUAUAAGGUUUAUGGAGAUGUUUUUGAUAAAAUUUACCAGAAUGAGAUAAAUUUUGCCAAGAGGUUGGGAUUACCCUUGCCUAAGGAAGCUCCCCUCAUGGGCAAUUUAGAAUGCUAUUACACUCAGGUGACAGCUUUUUAUAACUAUUGGUUGGGGUUUGUGACAUUGAUGGACUUUUGUUGGGUAGAUCAGUAUGAUGUAAUGGCCGGGCCGAAUAGGAAGUCAAGGAGGCUUAUGGAAGAGGAGAACAAGAAGUUAAGGAAAAAAGCGCGGAGGGAGUUCAAUGAUACAGUAAGGGGUUUAGCUGAGUUUGUUAAAAAGAGGGAUAAGAGAGUAAUUGAUAUGCAGGUCAAAAGGAAUGAGGAAAUAGAGAAGAAGAAAGAGGAGGAAAGACAGAGGAAGAAGGAAUUGGAAAGACUUAAAGCUGAGAGACUCAGGAACUAUGAGGAGCCUGAAUGGGCUAAGGUGGAUGAAUUUGAGGAUGAAGAAGAGGAGAUAAUUGAGGAGACCCCCAGAAAAGGGGGAGGGCAAGAGUUGUACUGUGUUGCUUGUGGCAAGAAGUUCAAGAGUGAGAAACAGUGGAAAAAUCAUGAACAGUCAAAGAAACAUAAGGAAAAAGUGGCUGAAUUGAGGGAAGCUUUUCAUAAUGAAGAUGAAGAAUAUGAAGACUUGGAAGUGGAUGGAGUGAAGGAGGAAUUGGAAGAUGGGAUUGAUGCAGAAGAGAGUGGCCUUGUAUCAGCAGAGGAUGAUGAGUUAGAUGAAUUAAGAGAUCAUCUUGCUAGUACUUUAGAAAUUCCAGAAGAUGAUGAUGAUAGGUUUAUUUAUGAUAAUGGGAAUAGCAAGGUGGGAGUCCAUCCUGAAAUGGGAUCAGAUGAUAACGAGGAAAAUAUUCUUGAAGAUAUGGUUUCUGGAUACAAGAACCAGAAAGGUGUAGGCUUGACACAGAAGCCAAAGCGUGCAUCGAAGAAAAUUCAAGUUGAAAUUGAUAGUGAUGAUAUGGACUUCUUGGAGCAUGACAGUAUGAAGGGUUCGAGGAGAAAUAGGGGACGAAGAAAGCAGAGGGGGCAAGUUCAAGAGGAAGCUGUGGAAUCUGAGCCAAGUGAAGUAAAUGGUGAACCCGAAAAUGAGAAUAAUGACAAUGCAAAGGAAACAACAGUAGAUUCAACGAUUGUAACUGAAUCUAAAAGCAGAAGAGACAAAUUGGAUAAAGGUCGGAAGCUUUUAAAACCGGAUGUUGAGAAGAAAGGUUCUGGAAAGCAGAACAGCAGUUUAAAAUCAAAAGAGCCAACCAAAGGAAGAAAGAAUAAGGCUGCAAAUAAAGGUUCCAGUAACACGUGUGAUACAUGUGGGGAGGAAUUUGAAUCAAGGAACAAACUACAUAAGCAUUUGGGCGACUCGGGUCAUGCAUCAUUGAAAUAUAAAUGAAAUUGUUGAUUCUGUGAACUGAAGAUUUUCCUUCUUACCCCCCGGCGGAUGUGAACUGAAGGAUUCCCUUACCAAUGGCAAGCUGCACAGGCUUCCCUGAAGUUUUGAGUAUAUCAAUUUUUGACUCCCCACAGAAGUUUUACCUACUUACAGGUAUUUAUCAAUUGGAUACCCCUAUUAUUCUACCCAAAUGUAUGUAUUCAAAAUUAGAAGAGUGAGGAUAUAGUUCAGAUGUAUUCAGAUAUAUUUAUACCGGGCAAUAGAAAUCUGAGUUCCAUUUUGAGAAGACCUUCUCGAAGAAAAUAUGAUGUUUUACCUCAUCUAAAAGGCAUUCUAAUAGAACUCGGCUAUGGCUUUUUUCAAUGUCAAGCCUGCUAUAUGAUUUUAUCAAAGAUUCAUUUUAGUCUACAGUUUAUUACAGCA